CUCUUCCGUUCAUUCCAGCGUUUGAGCAAUCUGCUUGCAACACCCAAAGGCCAAACGUUCGUGGCUGAAUCACUUGUUCACAAUGGCAACUGCACUAAUCAGGUAUGGUAUAACUCGGGGCGCCUGCCACGCGAGCUGUAGUAACUCGUACUCUCAGCUUCCCCAACCAGCCGUCUUACCCCAAUUCUGCAAGAUCAUCGACAUUUCCGAGACCCGCUUUCGAUGCCCGUGAGCGACUGUGCUUGAUCGAGUCUCAUUUGCCAAGAUCCAACACGCAUAUUUCAAGCAAGCCUUCUAAGCAGGACUUCGCACGCGACACUGCAGUCCACCCAGGCAAGCCAAAAGCGUCACAUACCAGCCAAUUCACUGCCAUGGCUUCCAAGAGAGGAGCAGAAACUAAAGAAUGCCCAACGUGCAAGAGGAAGUUUGAAGACGAGCCAACAGAGGAGAAGCCCUCUAAGCUCGCACGGAAGGACACCACCGUAGACGUCGAUUCGGUUGUUGAGGACAAGCUCAACCAGCUGCCUCCACUGCCAUCACCUCCUCUCAACCAACAUCCCCAAUUCGUGCAUUGCGUCCCACCCGAGGCACCAACAUACCGCGAGUACUCCGUCUUCCUUGCAGGCAGCAUCGAAAUGGGCAAAGCUGUGCAAUGGCAAAAGCACAUGGCGACUUUCCUCUCCACAUUACCCAUCACAGUCAACAACCCUCGCCGAGGACACUGGGAUCCAACAGCGACGCAGGAAGCCAAGAACGAAGCUUUCAAGCACCAAGUCGAGUGGGAGCUCUCCGCGCUAGAGAAAGCCGAUGUGAUCUGCUUCUUCUUCGACGCCACCACGAUAAGUCCCGUUACAAUGAUGGAACUGGGCCUCUGGGCAAAGUCCAAGAAAGUUGUCGUUUGCUGUGACAAGAGGUUCUGGCGCGCUGGCAACAUCCACAUUGUUUGCGACCGCUAUGGCGUACCGUUUGUCGAGAGGUUUGAGGAUCUCGUGCCCGCUAUCAAAAACAUGCUUGAGGAGAAGGGUAUGCGGCUCGAUGAGAACAGCAAUCUCAUCAAAUGAUCAGCGUAUACCUUUUCACCGAUACUAGAUGGGAAUCUUCAAGUUCGGCGUCGAUGUUGGCGCUGGAGGCUUACUGUCGCUGGCGUUAUGGCUAUAAGGGGAUACGGCUGUAUCAAUAGGUUGGUAUUCACACAUGCGUGUGUAUUUGAUUUGCCAUUAGAAGUUUCAUUGCAUUAUACUUACGUUAUCGAACCAACCCUGC